AUGUCGAAGGUAGCUAGACCACAGAAUCAAGCCCAGAAUAAAGCACAAGGGGAUGGAUUACAACAAGGUGAGGGCUUGAGUUUUACAACAGAGGUUGAUUUGCUGAAUCAGAAGGAUUGUAAUGCUAGUGUUCUGGGGUGGAAUUUUUCGCAAGUACCAGUUGAGCAUGUGUUGCCAGAGGCAGUUUCCAAGGAUGUUCCUUCAUUGCUAGCAGCCUAUAAUGAGAUUCAUUUGUCACAAGCAGUCCAAUCUGAUGCAGCUUGUUCACCGCAUGCUGUCCAGGAUGGAGUUGUUCAAGUAUCACAAAAAGUCCAGGAUGAAGCUGUUCGUUCACCACAAGCUAUCCAAAAUGAAGCUGUUCGUUCACCACAUGCAGUCCUAGAUGAAAGUACUCCUUUGUCUCAGCCAAUUCAAGGCGAUUCUAAUACAUCUUUUUAG